AUGGGAACAAGGGAGCAAACAAAAUCAUUUCCAUUCCUGUUCCUAGUGACCCAGUUUUGAAGAAAAGAGGGUUUUUCUGAUUACCUGACAGGAGCUCAUAUCUGUAUGAAAAGCAUGGUAAGAGCACAUUUAAUCUUUCAUGCUACUGGUGUGACAGCUGCGCUUUUGCUCUCUCAUCUUGCAUGACGGAUGAUUAGUAGAGAGCUAAUUUUUACAUGUGCAAGAUUUCCAUGAUAAACCACAGUAGCUGCGUGCAUGUGAUUCAAGCACUAAUUGUGUGGGUCCUGUCAUGAAUUCAGCAGGAAAGCAGUGUAUUUCAUGGUUAAUACCAGUGAAGAGACACGCAAUACUCAGUGGAUAAAAGGCUUGUAGUCCCAGCUGGGAAAAUAGUUCCAUUAUCUCCCAGCUGCAUAGACAUUCCAUACGGCUUGGUUCUGCCUGGAUGAACAGUGUGGCUUGCUGAGAGCUUGAAACACUUCUGCAGAAAAUUGUAAAGAUCCUGAGACAUUUCACUGUAAAGAACUAACAUAUAAGUAGUGACUGGAAGAUACAUUUUAUUCUCUGCUGAUUGGAUGGGAGGAAUUUUUGACCUUGGAAAACGGAGAUGAUGUUGCUAUGGAAACUAGUAAUUCUGCUGCCAUUCAUGAGCUGCAACACAGAGGAAGAUACUCUGCACGGUCCUAUUUUUACCCAGGAGCCAUACGAUAUUACUUAUUCUAUGGGUUCAGCGGAUCCAGAAAUACUGCUGAAUUGUACAGCUAAAGGAUACCCAUUGCCAUACUACAGGUGGAAGCAAAAUGGCACAGAUAUUGAUCUUACCAUGAGUUAUCACUACAGGUUGGUUGGAGGCAGCUUGGCAAUCAAUAACCCACAUAAAAAACAAGAUAUUGGAACAUACCAGUGUUUGGCCACCAAUUCAUUUGGAACAAUUCUAAGCAGGAAGGCAAAGCUUCAGUUUGCAUAUCUUGAAAAAUUUGAAACCAAAACGAGAAGCACUGUAUCAGUAAGAGAAGGACAAGGAGUGGUUCUGCUCUGUGGACCUCCAUCACACUACGGAGACUUAUCCUAUGCUUGGAUCUUCAACAAUAACCCCUUGUAUGUUCAGGAGGAUAGUCGGCGAUUUGUGUCUCAAGAGACAGGAAAUUUAUACAUCGCCAAAGUUGAGCCAUCUGAUGUGGGCAACUAUACUUGCAUUGUAACUAACACUAAAGCAGAACAAAGAGUACAGGGUCCACCAACUCCACUCCUUCUGCGCAAUGAUGGUGUGAUGGGGGAGUAUGAACCAAAGAUUGAAGUACGUUUUCCAGAAACAACUUAUGCAGCGAAGGGUUCAUCUGUUAAACUGGAAUGCUUUGCCCUUGGAAAUCCAGUUCCCAGUAUUAGCUGGAAGAGGUCUGAUGGAACCCCAUUGGCAAGGAAAAUCAAACACUAUAAAGCCAAAGGAGUCCUUGAAAUCCCAGAUGUUCAGCAAGAAGAUGAAGGCUCUUAUGAGUGUAUUGCAGGAAACAUUCGAGGAAGAAAUGUUGCAAGAGGUCAACUAUUUAUCUAUGAACUCCCUGAAUGGGAUAAAAAAAUCCAAAAUGCCUACCUAUCUCUGUAUGACAGCUUGUUUUGGGAGUGCAAGGCAAGUGGAAAACCAAACCCUUCCUACAGUUGGUUAAAAAAUGGCCAUUCCCUAAUGCCAGAGGAGAGAAUUCAAAUAGAAAAUGGAACUCUAACCAUAACUAUGUUGAACGUAUCAGAUUCUGGCCUUUAUCAGUGUGUUGCAGAAAAUAAAUAUGACACCAUUUAUGCCAAUGCUGAGUUAAGAGUGAUAGCCUCGGCCCCUGAUUUUUCCAAAACUCCUGUGAAGAAAAUGUCUGUCGUUCAAGUUGGGGGUGAAGUUACUAUUGGCUGUAAACCAAAUGCUUCUCCCAGGGCAGUUAUUAACUGGAAAAAAGGCACAGAGGUUCUGCGACAGAACAAAAGGAUCACUAUGCCAGCAGAUGGAAGUCUGAAGAUAUAUAACAUAACCAAAUCAGAUGCAGGAGUAUAUACUUGUAUAGCAACAAAUCAAUUUGGAAUUGCCAGGAACUCAGGGAACCUGAUUGUGAAAGAGAGGACUGUAAUUACUGUUCCACCUUCUAGUAUGGAUGUCACAGUUGGAGAAAGCAUUGUCUUACCAUGUCAAGUAUCUCAUGACCCCUCUAUCGAGGUUGUGUUUGCAUGGUCAUUUAAUGGAGAUGUUAUAGACUUCAAAAGAGGAGUGCAUCAUUUUGAAAGAAUCGGGGGAGAAUCUGUUGGGGAUUUGAUGAUAAGAAAUAUUCAGCUGAAUCAUUCUGGAAAAUAUAUGUGCACAGUGCAAACAACUAUAGACAGCCAAUCUGCAACAGCAGAUAUAAUUGUAAGAGGCCCUCCAGGUCCACCAGAAGAUGUUAGAGUUGAACAUAUUUCUAGCACUACUGCUCUGCUAUGCUGGAAACCAGGAGCAGAUAAUAACAGUCCAAUCCAGAUCUACAGUAUUCAGACAAGGACUCCUUUCUCGGUUGGAUGGCAGGCAGUUUCAACAGUUCCCGAAGUUCUGAAUGGCAGGACCUACAGAGCAUCAGUGGUCGGUUUAAAUCCUUGGGUUGAAUAUGAAUUCCGUGUGGUUGCUGGCAAUAUUAUUGGGAUUGGAGAGCCCAGCAGACCAUCUGAGCUAUUAAGGACUAAAGCAGCAAUUCCUGUAGUGGCACCAACAAAUGUGAGUGGAGGUGGAGGGAGUCGUUCUGAGCUUGUCAUCACAUGGGAGUCAGUUCCUGAAGAACUACAAAAUGGAGAAGGUUUUGGUUACAUCAUUAUGUUUCGGCCACUUGGUUCAACCAGCUGGACAAAGGCAGUAGUGGCUUCAGUAGAAGCAUGCAAGUACGUCUACAGAAAUGAAAGCGUUAUUCCUCUCUCCCCUUUUGAAGUGAAAGUGGGUGUCUACAACAACGAAGGAGAAGGGACCCUGAGUUCCAUAUCCAUCAUCUACUCAGGGGAAGAUGAGCCGCAAAUAGCACCAGCAGGAGCUUCUGCACAAAGCAUUUCGGCUUCUGAAAUAGAAGUCUCAUGGAAUUCCAUUGCUUGGAACAGACAUACAGGAAGAGUGCUUGGCUAUGAGGUUUUAUACUGGACAGAUGAUUCCAAGGAAACCACAGCUGGCAAAGUCAGAGUCAGUGGGAAUGUAACUGCAAAAAACAUCACCGGACUAAAGGCCAAUACAGUAUAUUUUGCAACCAUAAGGGCUUACAACACUGCUGGGACAGGGCCAUCCAGCACCCCAGUUAAUAUUACUACCAAGAAAUCACCGCCAAGUCAACCACCAGCAAACAUAGCAUGGAAACUGACAAAUUCAAAAAUAUGCUUGAAUUGGGAACAUGUAAAAACAAUGGAAAAUGAGUCAGAGGUGUUAGGCUACAAAAUUUUGUACCGGCAAAACAGACAAAGCAAAACUCAUGUAUUGGAAACGAAUAACACCUCAGCUGAGCUUCUGGUACCAUUUGAAGAGGACUAUAUCAUAGAAAUAAGAACAGUCAGUGAUGGUGGAGAUGGCAGCAGUAGUGAGGAAAUUAGGAUACCAAAAAUAUCAAGUUUAAACUCCAAAGCUUCCCAAAGGGAAAACCAUAUAAAAAUAACAACUGGGAUAAUGAUACUGAGUUUCAUUCUUACCAUCUCAGUUCUUUGAUGACUAAAGCCAUUUUCAAAUCAUGGACUUUUGAAAGUAAAUUACAUAUAGAUUUUAUCUUGAUAUUUCAGCCACAGACAACAUUCCUUAAAAAGUGAUACCUACCAGGGCAUGGGGAAGGGAAAUAAACUGUACAUUUUCUUAACAAUGUAAAUAUCAAUAUUCUGUUAAUGAAAAGAAAAUCAAGCUUUGAAAUUUGAGGAUCAAUGUAUAUAAAUUAAUUAAAUGGAGUGGUGCCAAAAUGUAGCUGUGUGAUUGUAAUAAGAAUGAUCUCUAAUAUAAUGCACAUAGUGAUCUAUGGUAGAAAUCCCAGCUGAUUGUAUGGCGAACAUGAAAGACCUGGGCUAGAUGACCAUGAUGAUAAUGAAGAGAGAAAAUGUUUGCAGUUGUUUGUGAUGUGGAUAUGAUUUAUCCCAUGUACCUCACUCUAAUCUGUCAAAAAAAGAAGAAGAAAAAAACCUCACAACUUCCAGUUGAAAAAGAUAUAUUUAUUUACAUUUUUACACACAUUUGUAUCAGGAUAUCACAGUUUAGAAUGUUACAAAUCAUGUAGUAACAUAUAAUAAAUCCUUUAACCUUUACUAAAUUAUUUUCAAGGGGGGAAACAACCAGAUACUUAUGAUAAAAGGAAUUAUGAUCCAAUGUAAAGCUAUUUGACUUCAGCAGUCUCUGGACCAGAUCCUUUAUGGGACAAUCCUUUUUUUUUCUUAUAGUACAGUAUACCCAAUAUGUAUAUUCUCAAGUGUGUUUUUUUAAAACUGUUUUGUGCAAUGGAGCUAUUAUGAUCAAUAUAGCUAGCAUUUUGGAGGUGCUAAAUAUUUACAUCAAUAUUAUUAUUAAAUGGACAUUUCAUGGAUGGUCAGUUAAAUGUUUGACUUUCCUAUUUUUUUCUACUAUCCAUGUAAUUAUGUGUUUCUGUUUUUCUAAAGCAACUGCUUCAAUUUUGUUUUUCUAAAAAACAAAACAA